GCUGGGAUGGGGAAAGCCUGUGAUGGUGGGGGAAAGUCCUGCUGGCUGGGAUGGGUGUGGAGGCAGGGGCUGGCCUUUCUGGCCUUGACAGUGACUCCCCAAUCCCGGCAGCCCUGGGAGCAGCCAUGUCGGUGCAGGUGGCGGCCCCCGGCGACGUGGGCUUGGGCCCCGAGCACCUGAGCCCUGAGGAGCUGGUGCGGCAGACGCGGCAGGUGGCGCAGGGGCUGGAGGCGUUGCGAGCUGAGCACCGCGGCCUGGCCGGGCACCUGGCUGAGGCUCUGGUGGGACAGGGCCCGGCGGCCGGCUUGGAGCUGCUGGAAGAAAAGCACCAGGUGGUGAGCCGCUCGCUGGAAGCCAUCGAGCUGGGGCUGGGCGAGGCGCAGGUACUGCUGGCGCUGUCGGCGCAUGUGGGUGCGCUGGAGGCUGAGAAGCAGCGGCUGCGGGCGAACGCCCGGAGGCUGGCCCAGGAGAACACGUGGCUGCGGGAAGAGCUGGAGGAGACACAGCGGCGCCUGCGGGCCAGCGAGGAGGCUGUGGCCCAGCUGGAGGAGGAGAAGAACCACCUCGAGUUCCUGGGGCAGCUGCGGCAGUACGACCCACCCGCGGAGAGCCAGCAGCCCCAGUCCCCGCCUGACCGAGACAGCCUGGCCUCGCUCUUCCCCAGUGAGGAAGAGGAGAGGAAAGGUGCCGAGGCGGCAGGGUUGGCAGCGGCACAGCAGGGUGGCUAUGAGAUCCCAGCCCGCCUCCGGACCCUGCACAACCUCGUGAUCCAGUACGCGGGGCAGGGCCGCUACGAGGUGGCGGUGCCGCUGUGCCGCCAGGCGCUGGAGGACCUGGAGCGGAGCUCGGGCCACUGCCACCCGGACGUGGCCACCAUGCUCAACAUCCUGGCACUGGUGUACCGGGACCAGAACAAGUACAAGGAGGCCACAGACCUUCUCCACGACGCCCUGCAAAUCCGGGAGCAGACCCUGGGCCCUGAGCACCCCGCGGUGGCUGCCACCCUCAACAACUUGGCGGUCCUCUACGGGAAGCGCGGGCGCUACCGGGAGGCAGAGCCUCUGUGCCAGCGUGCCCUGGAGAUCCGGGAGAAGGUCCUGGGCGCCGACCACCCAGACGUGGCCAAGCAGCUCAACAACCUGGCGCUGCUUUGCCAGAACCAGGGCAAGUUUGAGGAGGUGGAGCAGCACUACGCCCGGGCCCUGAACAUCUAUGAGGCCCUGGGUGGGCCCCACGACCUCAACGUGGCCAAGACCAAGAACAACCUGGCCUCAGCCUACCUGAAACAGAAUAAGUACCAACAAGCAGAAGAACUGUACAAAGAAAUCCUCAGCCGGGAGGACCUGCCUGCCCCUCUCGGAGCCCCCAACACAUGCAGAGCUGGAGAUGUGGACCAACAGGCCCUUCGUCGGAGCAGCUCAUUCUCCAAACUCCGGGAGUCCAUCCGGCAGGGAAGCAAGAAGCUGGUCUCCCGGCUCCGAGGCGAGGGGAUGGCAGGAGCAGCCGGGAUGAAGAGAGCCAUGUCACUCAACAUGCUGAAUGUGGAUGGCCCGAGGGCUGCAGGGACUCAGUCCUCCAACCGGCACCUGGGUGAGGCCCCGUGGACCCUCAGUGCCAGCAGCCAGGACCUGAGCCCCCGCUAAGACGAUGGGACCACGUUGGCCGCAGUGUCUCAGGAAAAGUGGGGAGGG